ACCAGCCUCGCAUCCGCCCAUCAUGGUAAGGCAGAGCAGGUCUUCCAUUCUUCACAGGCGGCAUGUGGACCAUCUCGAUCUUUUUGCCAGGGAUGACCACAUCCUCUCCUCGCGCGAUGACUGCGAGCCCGCCAACCCCGCCAACACGCUCACGGACCGCUUGAACACCCUGCUCAACUCUUCCGGCCCCGGUUACACCCUACCCCUCUGCCCCGACACGCAGUAUCUCAUAGAGGCACCCCUCCUAUUCUUCGCGCCGAACCAGGAAAUUAGCACCGCAGGAUAUCCCACUGGAGAUGAGCGUGCUGUGUUGGUCGUCAACGGGCCUGUGAUGAAUGGGCAAGGGCACACAACCGCCGUGGACGGAACGUGUUCGGAUUGCGAUGGCGUGCGGCUCCGGAACGUGCAGAUUAACGGCACCCGUUUAGGUGCCUCGCCGACCACAGGCGGGGCGAACAUUGAGAUGGGCGGCUCAAAUUCGGACCAGCUCAUCGAGUACGUGCACUCGUUCGACCCGCGCAGCUGGUCGUGUAUGCACAUCACCGAGGGCACCCUCACUUGCAAUAACGUCACUGUCCGUCACAACGACAUUGGGCCUUGUGGAACAGACUUGUUUCAGCAGUGGGCGGAUGGCAUCUCUGUCAGCUGCCAAAAUUGCCAUGUCUGGAAUAACACCAUAAACAAUCCGACAGACGGUGGCAUCGUUCUCUUCGGCGCGCCAGGAACUCUCGUAGAAAAUAACACGAUUUUUGUCCAAAAUCACACUUUACUCGGUGGUAUCAAUAUGGUGGAUUAUCUGCCAUGGAGUGGCAACUACACCAACACCAUCGUUCGUAACAACAUGAUCAUGGGAGGUUUUGCCACCGAGAAGCCUGAAGGUAACGAGACCAAAGGCACAAACGACGACGACGUCAUUAUCAAAAUUGGCAUUGCUAUUGGCCCUCGUACCUGGUUCGGUCCUCAGUUCGGCAACAACGUCAGCAUGUCGGGUACCGUGUUGAACAAUGUACUUACCGGUGCAUUUGGAUACGGCAUCGCAAUGUCCUCUGCGGUGAACUUCACGGUCGAGAAUAACAGCCUGGAAGGCAAUACGUCCUUUAUUGGCGCGCGGGGCCCGAACUGUAGUAGCACGGACACGAUGCCGUCGCCCGAACCGUUCGUCGUCCAGCUCGACAACGUCCAGCAGUCGACGCUCCAGAUCGACUUCCAGAAUAUCAGCGACGCUAACGGCCUCACAUGCAUCCUUCCCCCCGAAGGCGGCGACUUCUGGCCGUUUGGAGGAGGUCCGACCACCACGGCGCCUACGUCUACAUCAUCGCCUACGUCUACAUCCUCAGGUGGAGCCACGCAAGCUUCGAACGGCGGUGGGGGCGGCCUAUCAGGAGGUGCUAAGGCGGGUAUCGCACUCGGUGUCAUCUUCGGCACGCUCGGCCUCGCGGUAGCGACCUGGUUUAUUCGUAAGCAUGCGCUCGCGCGCGCUGCCACUCGCCGUCAGUCGGCAUAUAUCCAGCCAUCUAUGAGACAGAUUUCGUAAUACUGCACUUUAUCCUCCGAGACCCUGAACUUUCUUCACUCGCUCGACAAUCAGCCUUAGACCCUAUCUAUACGUCUUGCCCAACGCUUAGGACAAUCCGUCAAGCAUAUUUAUAUUUUCUACAUGUAUGGUUAUGGUUAACUACUAUCAUUAGC